AUGUCUAAAACCGCUGUCGAUAUGUAUUGCUAUGCUUAUGUUGUUGCUAAGUGUUACUGUCGCCGUUAGCAACAGUUAGCAUCCUGGUAGUCCAGGUAACCAGAUGUUUUGGCUGAUAAUCCUCUGAGUUUGUGUGUUAGCAUUUAGUUGCAGCUCCAUCAUGUCUAAUCAACUGACUGCAGAACAGCAGCGACAGAUUGAGGAGAAUAGACGGAGGGCUUUGGAGAGAAGAGCCCAAAGACUUGGACAGACAAUCAGCAGCAACACCUCAGCAGGCUUCAGCAGUACUUCUUCAGUGCAGCAGGUACAGCCCUCUAAACGCACUGCUGCCUCGGAUCCUGCUACCCUGGCUCACCACAGCUCAGCUCCUGCACCAAAACGUUUUGUUCCUCCCUUCAAAAAGGACUUCAAUGACUAUAAUCAAGGCCCAAAGCAUCAGCAGUCACCUAGCACUGGCAACCAGAGUACUCUGUAUAACUCUUCUUCUACAAGACAGAUACAAGUUAUUGACCCACUUCCUCAGCCAAGAAGUCAACAUGUGAGCAGCCCUGUCAUGUCAAGCGGAGGAAGCUUUGGUGUGAAGCCAGCUCAUCCCAAACCUAACUUCACCUCGAAUAGCUCUGGUGGUGCAGUCGGCACAUUCUACAAGCAAACUAGUAAACCUGCCCAAAGUCCUGCGGCACAGCUUCCCUCCAGUUCAUCAACUUUGAAUGCUGUACCUGCAAAAAAGCCUGCCAUCUCCGUAAGAGGAAGAUGUGUAGCUCACACAGAGGGCCGCUUCAGAGUAGAAGUGGGCUACCACGCAGAGCUCAUUGCUGUUUUCAAAUCCAUCCCCUCAAAGAACUAUGACCCUGCCACAAAGAUGUGGAACUUCAGUCUGGAGGACUAUCGACAGCUAACGGAGGAAGCAGCUGCUAUUGCUUCUGUGUCUUUGAGGCCUCUGGAGGGAAUGGAGGCAUUGGACGUUGCAGAAGCCCCCAGCCGAGCUCGUGACGGUGUGGCACUGGGGGCGCUGCUGAAGUUGUGCAACGGCUGGCAGAAACCUGGAGCCAGUCUGCAGGGCCACUGCGUCCUGGUGUCUCCGACUAAGUUUGAGGUCGACGUCGGUUACAAUGUCGAUGUCAUUGCAGCAUUCAAGCAGAUGCCAACCAAGAACUAUGACACGAAAACGAGAAAGUGGAGCUUUUCACUUCAGGAUUACAAGAGACUCUUGGAUCUCCUCAGUGGGAUAGCAGCAGUGGAGGUGGAGCCUCUGCCCAGGGCGGUAGUCCAGGCUUUCUCUGCCAGGUUUGACGGGACCGAAGCCAGGUCUUUAGACGUCCCUGAGGCAGACCUCUCCAGCAUCGACUCCUCGCUCACCUGCAGCCUCAUGCCCUUCCAGAGGGAGGGAGUCAAUUUUGCAGUGUCUAAACAAGGCCGCCUCCUCCUGGCUGAUGACAUGGGCCUGGGAAAGACGGUGCAGGCCAUCUGUAUAGCAGCCUAUUACAGGAAAGAGUGGCCCGUGCUGGUGGUGGCUCCCUCCUCUGUGCGAUUCACCUGGGCCGAGGCCUUCAGACGCUGGCUCCCCUCCCUGAGUCCUGACAGCAUCAACGUGGCAGUGAAGGCCAAAGACAAUCUUCGGUCCGGUUUGAUCAAUAUCGUCAGCUACGACCUGUUGAACAGGAUGGACAAGCAGCUGCCAGGAAACCCCUUCAAUGUUCUCAUCAUGGAUGAAUCCCACUUUCUGAAGAACAUGAAGACCGCCCGUUGUAAAGCAGCCUUACCUCUGCUGAAGGCAGCAAAGAGAGUGAUUCUUCUGUCUGGGACCCCUGCCAUGUCCAGACCCUCUGAGCUCUACACCCAGAUCCUGGCUGUCAGACCUACGCUCUUCCCUCGCUUCCAUGAGUUCGGGAUGCGCUACUGCGGUGCCACACAGUCGACUUGGGGGUGGGACUACUCGGGCUCAUCCAACCUCGGGGAGUUGAAGCUGUUGCUGGAGGAGAGUCUGAUGUUGCGCCGCCUCAAGUGUGACGUCCUCUCCCAGCUUCCUUCUAAACAACGCAAGGUUGUCACAGUGACUAUAGAUGGUAUCAGCACACGCGUAAAAGCUGCUCUGUCAGCUGCUGCCAAGCAGUUGGCCAACGGAAACCGCAAUAAAGUGGAAGAGAAGGAAGCCCUCCUCGUCUUUUAUAACCACACAGCUGAAGCCAAGCUGCAAGCCAUUAUGGAGUACAUCACAGACAUGCUGGAGUGUGGGAGGGAGAAGUUUCUAGUGUUCGCCCAUCAUAGGCUAGUCCUUGAUCAUAUCUCCACCGAACUGGGAAAAAAGAAUGUCAGUUUCAUCCGUAUUGACGGGUCCACUCCUUCAGCUGAACGACAGCAGCUGUGUGACACGUUCCAGUACUCAACCAACACCUGCGUGGCUAUACUGUCCAUCACUGCAGCUAACAUGGGCAUCACCCUGCACGCUGCCGACCUGGUGAUCUUCGCUGAGCUUUUCUGGAACCCCGGGAUUCUCGUUCAGGCAGAGGAUAGGGUGCACCGCAUUGGACAAACCAGCAAUGUGAACAUUCACUACCUGGUUGCCAAGGGAACUUCUGAUGAUCACCUGUGGCCAAUGAUCCAGGAAAAAAUGAAUGUCUUGGAGCAAGUGGGUCUGUCGGAGUCAAACCUCUCAGACAAAGCAGUGAACGCCAGCUUCCACUCUAAGGACCCUAACCAGAAGAGCAUCAUGGAGAUGUUCCAGAGGUCUUUCACUGCGGAUGACGACAUAGACGAAGCCAUCUUACUGGAGGCUGCAAACGACUGGGAGGACACCCCGCCUGAAAACACUUCUGGUCAACACCACGGCGUGGUCGAACAAAGCUCCGGCAAACGGAGCAUCAAAGACUUUUUCAGCAGAUGAGAUGACUCUAAACCUUUCUGUGUUGACAAAUUAUAUUAACAUCACUAUGUUUUGCUAAGUCGCCGUUUCUAGCUUAUCAUCAUGACUGAUGUGAACUUUUGUUUUGUAAAACUUAACAAAUGCUUCAGUGAUCUUUAAUAGAUGUAAAAUAAUCAAAAUUAACCUUUAUAUUUUUUGCUAAUAAGAGAAAAUAAAUAAAUAAAUGUCUGACUCAA